GGAGCCACAGCCAGGUGACCUUGCCAGGCAGAGCCGGGCUGCGCCUGCCGCCGUCAGCGAGGAAGCUGGGUGGGGAGACGGCCGAGAUGGUGGAGGACGGCGGCGAGGAGGAGGCGGAGGGGGAGAGCGGGGAGAUGCCGGCGGCCGCGGCCCCGCUGCAGCGCUGCAAUGGCUUCCUGCCCGGCAAGGAGGCGGCGGGCGGCGGGCGGGCGGCCCCGGCGGGCGGCGGGCAGCAGCCGGCCCCGGCGGCCCCGGAGGCCGAGGCGAUGCUGGCGGCGGGCGGCGGGCGGCCGGAGGCGCGGCUGGAGACGCGGCUGUCGCGGCGGCGGCUGGCGGUGCUGGCCGUCUUCAGCUGCUACUCGCUGGUGAACGCCUUCCAGUGGAUCCAGUACAGCAUCCUCAGCAACGUGUUCGCCAGCUUCUACGGCGUCUCCUUCACGGAGAUCGACUGGCUGUCCAUGGUGUACAUGGUGGCCUACGUGCCGCUGAUCCUGCCGGCCACCUGGCUGCUGGACGCCCGCGGGCUGCGCCUCACGGCGCUGCUGGGCGCGGGGCUCAACGCGCUGGGCGCCUGGCUCAAGUGCGGCAGCCUGGCCCCCCAGCGCUACCCGCUCACGCUGGCCGCACAGGCCGUCUGCGCCGUCGCCCAGGUCUUCAUCCUGGGGCUGCCCUCCCGCAUCGCCUCCGUCUGGUUCGGCCCCACCGAGGUCUCCACCGCCUGCGCCGUGGCUGUGCUGGGCAACCAGCUUGGUACUGCAAUUGGCUUUUUGUUGCCACCUGUUUUGGUUCCAAAUACACCGAAUGACAUUGAUCUUAUGGCACAUAACAUCGGCAUCAUGUUCUAUGGAACAGCGAUAGUGUCCACUCUUUUGUUCUUCUUAACAGGCGUUGUGUUUGAAGAAAAGCCCAAAUACCCUCCUAGUCACUCUCAAGCAGUCCUGCAAACGAAACCUCCUGAGGAUUACUCCUACAAGCAGUCCAUUAUUAACUUGUUCAAAAAUAUUCCAUUUAUACUUUUGCUGGUCAGUUAUGGCAUUAUGACUGGGGCAUUUUAUUCUGUCUCCACAUUAUUAAACCAGAUGAUAGUAACUCAUUAUGCGGGAGAAGAAGUGAACGCUGGGAGAAUUGGCUUGACACUGGUGGUGGCAGGAAUGGUGGGUUCGAUUAUUUGUGGUUUGUGGCUGGAUUACACUAAAACAUACAAGCAAACGACUUUGAUUGUUUACAUUCUCUCUUUCAUUGGGUUGCUGGUAUUUACCUUCACCCUGGACCUCGGAUACCUUAUAGUAGUGUUUGUGACUGGAGGAGUACUUGGGUUCUUCAUGACUGGCUAUCUUCCACUUGGGUUUGAAUUUGCUGUGGAAAUUACAUAUCCAGAGUCUGAAGGCACUUCCUCAGGUCUCCUUAAUGCAUCAGCACAGAUAUUUGGAAUUGUCUUUACACUUGUUCAAGGAAAGCUCACAACAGACUACAGUCCUCGUGCAGGAAACAUCUUUCUUUGUGCUUGGAUUUUUGUGGGCAUAAUUUUAACAGCCUUAAUAAAAUCAGAUUUGCGAAGACACAAUGUGAAUUCAGGGAUUAUGAACUUGGACGUUAAAGCUGUACCAGUUGACAGUCCUGUAGAACCUGAAAGCACAUUAAAGAUUCAGUCAGCUUUAUAAAGCUGAAGGAAGGUGACUUAGAAACGCACAAGUUUGGUUAGAUAUGGAACAGUAGGAAUUAGUGUAACCACUGGAUUUGUGUGUAUGAGUAGUAAAAUGUGUGUGUUGAUAUUGGUGGUAGUUGUGUGUUGGAAGCUAUGAAGAUGCUCAGUUCAUUUUGUCCAAGAUGCAAACAAUUCACCUUUGUAUGGAAUAUUUAUUUUAACAGUAUUCAAGUUUUGCAGUUGCAUUAGUAAAGAACUGUGUGAACUCUCUCCACAGUAGAGAGACAUGUACAUUCAGGAUACAUACUUGAAAAAAAAUCAGGAAUCCUGAAGUACAGUUGUCAUGAUCAGAAGUAUCUAAUCUUUUUUUCUUGUUCAGUCUUGCUGGUGCAUUUGAAAAAUCAAGGAGUAGAGAGCUGUACAGCAGGAGGAUGUUCACGAGUUCCUUUUCUUAUUUUAAAUGUGUCUGUAUUUUAAUAUAAGCCAAUGAAACCUUCUGGGAAAGUGAUAGCACAAUACUGAAAACAAGAGAUGACGUGUGUGUUUCAUACUGGCAUCUGACAUUUCUUCUGCCUUGAAACUUCUUUAUAGAUAUCAGAAGGCAGAUAAGAGAAAACACUGUUCUAUAGCUUCAUUGUAGCAUUUCUGGGGAGAUUUAAAAAGUUUCUCACUAGAUAAAUUGGAGAAAAAAUACUUCUUACUAAAUACAGUAAAAAGGAGGACAAAGGCCUUUGAUAUCUCUAUUGUGAAGUAUUUAUAAGCAACAGAACACUACCACACAACUUUCCUCCAUGGAAUAUUUUGAGUGCUUUCUCAGUUAAAGAGAGAGGAGUACGUGUUUACAAAGAGCCGGUGCCUUUACUUUGUAAAGAAGAUCCCUGCCUCAUCUUGAGUUUAAUCAGUGCUGCUGAAGAAAUUCCAUUUUGUGUGUUAAACCUUCUCUGAAUAUUUGUGGAGUAUCAGAAAAUGUGUUCUGUCCUUUUAUGAAUUGUAUCACUUGUCUCAUGUGACAUUCCUGUGCUUGUGUAACUUAAAUCAUGUCUUUUGCAGUUUGUUAAAAGCUGUAAGGAUGACUGAAAGGAAAAUAGUGAUAUUUUCAGUUCUCUGAUCAAAUAUUUUCUUUUGUGCCAUCUCAGCUGCAAAAUGGUCAGACUUCAUUAACAGUAACUUUUUGUUACUUAAUUUAUCUGUAUUUGGGAUGGGGGUUUCUCACUGUAGUGCUUUUGAAAAUGUUCUCCUUUACCUUGUGCUCUAUCUACACACCCACAGAACUGAUAGUACUACAAUAAUAGUAUUGCUGGGAAAGUCAGACCAGGGUUAGUGGGCUUUUUGCAAACAUUUAAUUGUUAUCUCAGUAAGCUGAGCCUGCAAGUUCAGUGCCAUCAGUGAUGCUAUGUCUUUGAGUUCCCACAGAUGCAGUGCCAUCCAGAAGGUGGAAUCCUGCCAAAGUAUUCUGCAGAUGGUUACAGUUGGGUAUGGGGAAUUAUUUAACUCUGUGCUGGUUUCAGCUGUGCUGCAGCUAAUUUUCUUCACAGUGGCUGAUAUGGGGCUGUGGUUUGGAUUUGUGCUGAACACAGGGUUGAUAAUACAGAGAUGUUUUUGUUGCUGCUGAGCUGGGCUUACAUAGAGCCAAGGCCCUUUCUGCUUUUCAUACAUCCGAAAAAGCAAGGAAGUUGGGAGUGCAGUGGAGGUUGGAAGAGACACAGCCAGGCCAGGUGACCCCAACUGACCAAAGGGAUAUUCCAGACCCUAUGAUAUCAUGUUCAGUAUAUACAGUGGGGGGCAGAAGGAGGAAGGGAAGGAUGUUUGGAGUGAUGGUGUUUUCUUCCCAAGUAGUCAUUGCACUUGAUGGCCCCCUGCUCUCCUGGGGAUGGCUGAGCACCUGCCUGCCCGUGGGAAGCUCUGAAUUAAUUCCUUGUUUUUCUUUCUUGUAUGUGUGGCUUCUGCUUUCCCUAUUAAGCUGUCUUUAUCUCAACCCAUGAGUUUUCCAGCUUUUACCCUUCUGAUUCCCUCCCCAAUCCCACUGGUGGGGAAGGGAGCGAGCAAACGGCUGCUGGGGCUUGGUGGGUGGCUGGGAUUAAACAACAACAAACUCCAAGAUAGUCUCUAAGUACAAUGAAUAUCAUUAAAUGCUUUUCUUUUUCUUAUUUCACUGUAGACUCAGAGAAUCCUUUUGUAUAAAAAGGGCCCUGAAAACUUACCUUUCUAAGCUUAGCCUCUAAAUGUCAUGAUCUUGAUCUAAACAUUCUGUAUGAUAAACGCUUUAGACAAGGGAAGAGCUAUCAGAAUAAACCAAGCAUGCUUGGAACACUUGUCUUGCCAAAAAGGGUUCACGUGUCUUUGCCAGGUCCUGUGCUAGAGAGAAAAUGGCCAGGCCUUGCUGCUCCUGGAGAGCUGAGCUCUAGAAAAGUCCAGUGCUGAAGUAGCUGAAUAUAGUAAAAUUAACUCUUGGAUGUUCAACUGGCCGGCAAGGGUAGAGGAGUGGAAGUGGAGAUGCUUUCAUUAUGUCAGUCCUUUGCAUUUAAUGACUUGCUGUGAUAGAAGCUGCCCCAUCAAGGGAUGUACAUGUUUUCAAAGUUUCUGCCUUGUAAUGUAUGUAGGUGGCUUUUCCCUUUGGAAAAAUCAUAAUAAUGUGUGCCAAAAUAUAUAUAUGUUUUUCAGCAAGAUACAGCUUCAGAAAAUAUUUAUGUUCAUGGCCCGUGGUUGCUUUGACUUUUGGUGUUGCAAAAUCUUAACAAGAUAGUAUUCUUGCAGUUUUGGGGAAAUGAAAUGUCCAAUACAAAGUCUUUGGCAGUAUCCAGAAUGUUUCCUGACCUGUUCAGUAUACAAUGUUCAAAUUCAAAGAUUGAGUCUUUUUAUUUCUUUCUUAAAAUUUAUUUUUCAUUUCCUUUCUUCACUACUAGCUUCCAGUUUCUUUAGUUAUGUUCAGCUGAUUAUUGAAAAAAUAUUCUAGUUUUGGCUCCUUGUGUUUUUUAUCUUCUGCUAAAUUACUUGGCUACCUUCUGAAAAGGUCCAAACAAGAUUUUGGCAUUUUGAAAACCCUGCUGGGUCCCUGAAAAGAAAAUACUCCUAAUAGUGAGGGCUUAAUUACAUCUUGGAUUUAAUAUUCCCCUUCUAAAAGGAGCUUAAAAGUGGGAAACCUGGGAGCUAUUUUCAGUCAAUGAAAAAGUAUUUAAAUGAAAGGCUCAGCAGCAGAAUAAAGAGCAAAUCAGUAUUUUUAAAUGUGAUAAUCUUAUUAUCUGUCUGUCAAGAAAUUGAGUUUCUAGCUCAUGGCAGAAAUAAAUUUGGAGUAGUUGAGGCUUUGUGGUUUUGCUUUUCAUUUUUGGGUUUUUCAACAUCCAUUCAAUCAAACAUAGAAUCAUAGAAUGUUAAGAGGUUUGAAGGGACCUUAGAGAUCUUCUAGUCCCAACCCACCUGCCGUGGGCAGGGACAUCUCCCGCUAGACCAGGUUGGUCAAGGCUCUAUCCAACCUGGCCUUGAACAGCUCCAGGGUUGGGGUGUCCACAACCUGCCUGGGCAACCUGUCUUGUCAUCCUCACCGUAAAAAAUUUCUUCCUGAUAUCUAAAUUAAAUUUCCCCUGUUUCAGCUUGUACCCACUCCCUCUUGUCCUAUCACUGCUGUUCCUGACAAGGAGUCCAUCUCCUGCUUCCCUGUAGUCCCCCUUCAGAUACUGGAAGGUUGCUAUGAGUUCUCCAUGCAGCCUUCUCAGCCUGGAAAUUCCACAUGCAUCUAGAAUUGGAAAUAGGAUUUCUGACUCAGCCUUGACAUCCUGGCUCAGCCCUCCAGCAAGAGUAGAGUUGGGGGCUAAAAAUCCUGACUGUUUAAAGAGAUAAUUGUAUCAUGAAUGGAAUUACAGAUCAACUAGGAGAGGAUGGUGUAAGAAACCAAGUGAGGAGAGGCAUCCCAAUCCCAUGCAUCAGCUUUUGCUUUUCAACUUACUUUUUUUUUUAAGUGUUUCAAGGGAGCUCUAGAGGAUGCAAGAGAACCCACACAAUGGGGAGCAUGAUCAAGGGGGCAGCCCCCAAGUUCCCAGGAGCCCAGCAGGCUGUGCAAUUGAUAACUUUCAGUUACAAAAUUCAGAGAUCAGCCUUAAAAUUAACUCUUAUCUUUGUGUUUCUUCCCAGCCAUGUUAAACUUUUGGUAAUUUCAGUGGAAGAAACUUGGAGAACAUUGACCCAUUUUUAUUUAGGAUUCCUACCAUGGCCUUAAACCCCUCAUUUCUGUUGGCUGGGUGUGAAAAUAUCAGACCUGUAAGGCAUAGUCUGGAGUUGCUGGUAGAUAAGUCCCUCAGAAAAAGUAAUUGUAGAUGGGUGCUUGUCUUUAGUAACACAUUUCUGUUGCUAAAUGCCCAAGUUUUACGAGGAAGAAAGAACAAGGGAAGAAGUAGGAAGACUACAUAUGAAUCAUUACAGAUUAAUAGGGCUUUCCUCACUUCAGCCUCUUGGUCAUUUCUGUUGUUCAAGGCAGUCUGUUGUUUCAGAGACAAUCAGUGGAGUGUGUAAUUAGAGCUGCCAGCCCGUGUUGCCUGAUGCAAAAUGGUUUUUUGAGAAAUAUUUGGACUACCUUGUAUAUCUACAACCAAGUGAAAUUGGGUUAAGCUGUAAACAUGUAUUGUUUUCCUUUUCCAUUUUGUGAACUCAUUAGUUUUCCUGCGUGAAUGGGAAUGUGUGACCUUUACAGUUACUGUUUUUCAGUACAUGUAUGUACCUCCUUCCCAAGUGUUACAGGCUACUAAUGUUUCAUGGAGCACAAGCUGCCGUUGUACACAAUAAUAUGUGAUUGCCCCCAGCCCCACCAUUCGGUCUGAACUAUGUGAAGAGGGAGAAGUGAUGCUAAUGCAGGAACUAGAAUGAAUUAAGCAAAAAAUUUUCCUGAGAGAAAUGUAUUUUUGUGUAAGACCCAUUUUAUUUACUGCUCGUGUCUUUGUUCUACUCAUGAAGAUAACAAAUAUGUUUUGCUGUAAUAUUUUGGUUUUGUUAGUGUCCAGUUCUUUAUUUCAAGAGAAAAUUAAAAGUUCUUAACAAAUAUUCUCUGAUUGCAAUACUGUAUGUAUGUGUAUAUGUGGAUGGCAUCAUUCCUUAUCAUUAUAUGUUACUAAUAAAGUGUAUAAUGCCUAAA